UUACAAUCACUGUAUGACAUGAAUGCUACCUUACAUCUCGCGGAGGCCAUCUUCUUCACAGAUGAAGAAGACAUGCCACGGGGCGAUCUUCUUAUGGAGUGGCUGAAUACGCUCGAUCCUCAACCAGCACAGCAAGAGGGGGAAGAGAUCAUGAUGGCUAGGUCGCCUUGUGAUCACCCGGCCUUUUGGGAUUACAUUUCGAAAGGUGUCCUCCGUGGCCUCUUCACAAUGGCGGCGGAAUGUUUAGCUGGAUCGGGUCUUGCUCAGCGCGAUACCGCGACGGCGCGGGCUAGUGCAGAGUUGCAAGUGAUUCUGCGGUCCUGUCCGAGAAUUACAACAUACGCAAAACGAAUGGACGACUUCAAAGCGCGAUACCGGCAGUGGCGUGCAAAGGUCAUCCUCGCAGCUCGAUCACUGGAUCAGCUUGACCCAGAAUUGUCAUCUGCGUUCCGUCAAAUCUAUGAGCUCCUCAAAGGAGAUAAGGACGCAAUUUUCUGUCAGUGCGACUCUUGGCAAGAAAGUCUGGCAGCCUUGUCGCUUCUCUUCGAUCCCACGGGCUGCAAAGCUCCAAAAGAUGUGUUCGCUCUGUUUGAUUUGGUCAGUGAGUCGGAAAUGGGUGUCGACCGAACGCUUCCGGCGAAUAUGGCCGCUGCAGACCUUUGCGCCGGGCGGAUACCGCAAGCCAUUGCACACCUGCGACAAGUCAGCUUUGAAGGAGCUGCACUCUUAGCAGAUUUGCUGGACAAGGCUGAGCUCCUCGAUGGGUUGCGCGAAGACUCUAGCGAUUUCGCGAUCCGAGAAAUUCUUGUUCUGGAGCUCGGCGACACCUGGUUGUCCACUCAGGAAGCAUGGGCCGCUGCGGUCUCACUUUGGCGCAGUUGUGGAGAUGCAGGCUUCGAUCGUAUCCAGCAGAUUUUGCCACGAAUUCCGAUCCACUCGCAGGAUACGGCAGAUGACAUUCUGGAGCUCUGUUACGAGCUUGAGCUGGCUGAAGAAGCGCGUACCAUUGGAACUGUUUGGGCCAAGUUUUUGGAGCGAGGCGGUCAACAUGGUGAGGCCUUCGCUGCCUUUGAUCGAGCUGCCAACUAUGCGCAAAUAAAUCGACUGACUUGGUCUCUCUUCCGAAAGUCGUGCCUUGAAGGGCAACCCAGCUCUUCUGAUCCAUAUUUUGUGGAGUCUUUGCAAGCACCCGCUAUGAUGGCUUCGCGGGAACUUUCAGCGCUCCUGGCUCCUUAUGCGACAAUUGUCGGUCUACAUCAGUCCAGACAGGCCGGCGACAUGCUGCAAUUCGCCGUCCACCUAAUGGCGCUUCUUAGAUACGCCGACUUGCCAAAAGAAUAUGUUCCAAUUCUCAUGGUAGAGCUUUUGCCUCUUUUGGAUGUUUCCACGCGAUUGCUCUCGCACAGAGAUGUCUUCGAUGCUCUUGCGGCAUUGGAGGAAUUUCAGGAGAAUGAU